GAGAGCAGGCAGAAGGGAGGAGCCUGAAUAAAAACCAAACAACCCUCCACACCCUGCAGUCUCUGGGAAGUUCCUCCGCAUUCCUGCCAUACACACACACACAUUAUGCACAUAGCCGGAGUGCUGGGAGGAACCUCACACUGAGGCUGGACAGGAGUUUGGAGGGGCCCUGCUGUAGGACCAGAGACCAGAACCUCUUCAUCAGCGCUCCCUGCCAGUCUCACCAUGAGUAAGGAGGGAGGUGAUGAAGGUGGCAGCAGCAGCAGUGACACAGCCCAGCAGCCAGAGGAGAAGACUCCAGCUGGGAAGGGCCUGAGCAAACUGAGUGCUGUCGCUACAGGACCAGGCUGGACUAAAGUUAGUUGCCCGUGCUGUUUCUCAGAGCGUGUCGAGCCGUUGGUUCUGGUGAAGCUCGGAGAGAAAGUUCGCCCUGAGACGAAACGGUGGCUCAUCAGAGUGAUUGGAGCUCCUCAAAAAGAUGGAGGUGCUGAAUUACUGGCCCACCCGGGUGAAGAUGCCAGUGGUGACAUCAUUGUGGUCGCUGCCCCACGCUGUACAUUACUUAAGGUCACUGAAGAGUUGGGUCUGUGUAAGACUUACCACACCGGGGAGGUGGAGGCCUUCUCCUACCACGACAGAGACAACUUUAAAGAUUCAGACAACAUGGAGGUGUUCCUCACUCUGGCAGAGCGGCAGCACAUGGUGAAGUAUGAGCUGGACGGUCUGCGGGCGCAGAGAGACCUGAGAAUACCCGGCAUGCCUGACAGCUUUGCACUGCAAAACCGUGACAACAUCUGGCAGAAGCUCGGGUCAGCUGGUGUUAUUGUGGACACGUAUCCCCUCCACAACGCGGACAAACUGAAGAGUCUCAGUGAAGCCUGGUACACUGGGAAUCAGCUGGCUCAGCCACUGGAUUCAGUCAAUGAGUAUUUCGGAAGCUCUGUGGCUUUCUACUUCAGCUUCCUCGAUUUCUACACCUGGUCUCUGCUCCCUCCAGCGUUACUGGGCCUGACCAUCACAUACUUCUCAGGUGAGGUUCAGAAGGAGAUCGAGGAGUCAGUCUCAGGCUCGCCAGCCACAGAUCUUGAAGAUGACUCAGGACCAGCUGUCGGCGGUCACAUGAUCCAGGCGGUCUUUAGCAUGCUCUGGUCCACAGUUGUUAUGGAGCUGUGGAAGCGUCGGAGCUCCUCACUUUCCUACCGCUGGGGGACCCUGCACCUUGCCGAGCGCUUUGCAGAGCCCCGACCUGGUUUCCACGGUGACCUCGGGGUGAACCCUGUGACAGGUCGUGUGGAGCCGCUCUUUCCUGAAUGGAAGAGGGACCUGCGUAUGGCACUGGUGUCGGUCCCAGUGGUGGGGCUGUUUCUAGGUUUAGUCAUACUGGGUAUGACUGGUUUCUACUGGGGGGAAGCCCAGGUGCAACAGCUAAACAAAGACUGGGACUCCCUGCUGUCUCAGACUUUGAUCUACAUGCCCUCAGUGCUUCACAUCGUCUACACAAACGUGCUAGCGACUGUUUACAGGACAGUGGCACUGUCUCUGACUGAAUUUGAGAACCACAGAGAAGAGUCUUCCCAUGAGAAUCAUCUGACAGCCAAAGUCUUAGUGUUCACCUUCUUCAACUACUUUGCAGUGCUCUUCCACAUCGCCUUCUUCAAGCAGGAUGUGCCUUUGCUCCGUAAGCGCCUAGCAUCUUUGCUGAUAGUGACCCAGCUGGUGAACCAGGUGACAGAGGUGGUCAUACCCUUCCUGGUGGACCGCUUCAUCAGCGCCCCCAAGAGGACAGAGAGUGAGGACGACCCAGAUGAGGACAAAUUUAGGAAUCAAGGCACCCUGCCUGCUUUCCCAGGCUUGUUUGCAGAGUACAUCGAGCUCCUGGUGCAGUUUGGGUAUUUGAGUCUUUUCUCCUGCGUGUAUCCCCUGACGGCCGUGCUGCUGCUCAUCAAUAACCUAACAGAGAUCCGAUCAGAUGCUUACAAGAUGUGCAAACUCUUCCGGAAACCCUUCUGCUCUCCUGUUUCUAACAUGGGCGUGUGGCGGAUUGCUUUCGAGGUCCUGAGUUUUGUCUCUGUCGUGUCCAACUGCUGGCUACUGCUGCUGUCACCAUGGAUACAAAGGCUGUCUCAGGAGGGCGAGUGGAGCAGCACAAACAUUCUGCUGAUGGCUGUUUUGGUGGAGCAUGUGCUGAUCUUGGUUAAGGUGGUUUUGUCGGUGCUGAUCCCCGAUGAACCGGACUGGAUCCGUAAAAAGAGAGAGCAUAUUGAGUUCACAUCCAGGCAGGCCUUGAGAGAGCAGAAACUGCAUUCUAAAGAGUCUUGAUUGCAUUUCAAAGCACUGAUGCUUCAUGUUGUCCUGUGCUGGGCUGCUACAACUAGAAGUACCAACCUCAGUGUUGUGUGGACCGGCAGAGGAGAAGACGAGUCUCCGAUCUCCAGAAGGGCCCACAAUGUAUACUGCUGUGCAUGUACCAAUAUUCACCCCGUACACAUGUCUAGUGUUUCUGCUGCUCUCACUAAUUAACAAGGUGCCUCUGCAAUGUACACCCUUUGAUAUGCACUCAUAUUACAUACAGUAUAUACUGCAAGUGCAAUUGAAACAGCA